AUGGCGGACGGAAGCAACGCAAAUCAGCAAAAGCCUUCUCUACCAGAGAAAGAUAAAGGCAAAGCUCCGCAGAACAACUCUUCUUCCAGCGCAGCAUCAGCAAUAGGAGCCUCGGCGUCGGCGCUGUUGGCGACCUUUGCGAGCCCCGACGCGAUCUCCGGCUCGCUCUCCUCGGCAACCGCCCAGAAAGGCCAGUCCUCAACUUCCUCAACUUCUCAGCACCGGGAUCUUGAGAGAUCAACUUACGCGUCUGCGUCUGCGAGUAGUCAUGGCGUCGGUGGUUCAGUUUCGCAGCGAGCGUUCCGGACUGCUGAUUCGGCUUAUUCGAAUGGUAUUCAGUCAGAGUACGAGACGUUUACUCACAGCCAGCACUCUAUCCCGACUCAACUACACUCCGAGUUUGCAGGAAUCAGCAGCAGUAGUAAUCCGGCAACAUUCUCCAAUUACACCCCUGCCUACACUGAAAACAGCAACGACGGCGACGCGGUACUCGCCUUCCUAGCCUCGCCAAACACUACAGAUGAAAUCUACAGUCCCACCCCAGACACCAGUCGUCGACCACCGGCACCUACACCAUCCCAGGCGGGCUACAACCAGAUCCUGGCCGACGCAACCGCAGUACAAGACCCGGUCGAGUACCUGCUCUCAUCCAGCAGCUACACAUCCGACGUCUGGGGCGACGAGUGGCCAGAAUUGCAGCUGGCAAAGGCUGAGAUGGAAAAGGGCAAUCAGGCGCAUGCCAGAGCGAGGAUUGAAAGCAUUUUGGGACGGAUCAAGGCAAAGAUAUAG